CUCCCUAGAAGACCUUCCUGCAUAAGCAGAGACUCUUUUAGUUCUAUUUCUAACUUCAAGCUAAGACCCGUUAUUUUGUCGAUUCCCUUAUCUUUUCUCACCAUGUCAAAGAGAGAAAUACCAAGUUGGUACAGAGAAUCUCCUCCAAAACAAAUUCCGUUUGUCUUUGAACCCGAGGAAGAAGACGAUGUUGCUAUUCUCCCACAAGUGGACAAUUCGGCUCUCCUAGCUCGUCUUCAGCUUAGCCUUGUGGGGCAAAUGCUUCACCAAGGUAGACGCAAUAUGGAAGCCCUGGUCUCCUUUCUCUCUAAAGAGCACAUAUGGGAUGUCGAAGGACGGGUGUGGGGAGUCUCUCUUGGUGACUCACGGUUCCAGUUCUUUUUUGAAUCUGAAGCUGAUCUCCAGAAGUUUUGGGAAGAGGAGGCUCUGAGAAACUUAGGUAGUUCUCGUGGUGUGGUCCGGAGAGUCGACCCUACCAAAGGACGAAUCGAGAUCUCUGUUAAGACAGAUGUUCCUUUAAAAUUCAACAAGAAUGCCCAACUCCCUACAAGAGCAGUUGUAAAAGUGAAAUUGUUCUAUGAAAAGCUUCUCCGAUGGUGUUCUUACUCCGGACGUAUUUAUCAUGAAUUUGAUUUGUGUCCAUUAAUCAAUGUAAAUCAGAGAGCGGCGCUGGCUGCUGAGGAAAAACAGAAGAACCCUCGGUAUCUCACUAAAGGUGACGGCCGUAAUCAGUACCUUUCUCUUCCCCAUGAUUUUUCAGUUGCAACCCGCAAUGGUCAUGGGAGAAAGAACUUACCUCUGUCUGCAGUUUCAAAGCACCACCAAUCGUUUGCGGUAGCUUCUCUCAGGCGUCCCUCCUCCCGUUAUGAUCCAAAAGGUAAUGGGACGGAUGCUGGAAGAAAGCGACGUCAUGAGGAUUCUUUCUCCCAGGAGAAAAGCUAUGAACCUUCUAGCAAAGGCCGCAAGGGUCCUCCCCCUAACGACCCUGCCCCCACUCACCUUCCCAGUAAAUCUUUUUGUGGGAAGCAACCUUUACCUCAUCUCUCUGAUUCGCAAUGGAAGCUUUUGGAUACUCUUAUAGCUCCCUUGAGGGCAAAAUUAGAAACUUCUUCCCGACAUAUGUCAAGGAACAACCCUUUUGUUAAAAUCUCUCUAAGAAGUCGUCUACCUUUCUCUAGUCCAUCUGUUGCCCCUCCAUCUCAUGAAGCCGCGUAUCAUGCCAUGGAACCUCCUAUCGCCACUGAGACGGACGAUUUGGAAGAAGAUGACCUCUUGGGCAAGGAACUCCAAGAUUCCCUUCAGAAUCGACAGAAUCCACUACCUCAAGUCUCCCCAGAUCUGGUUCAGAAACAGUCUCCGCCUGAGAAGCGCAAGAGUAUGGUUGGAUCAUCGGGAUCUCAGGAGUUGGGCGACGAUCUUCUGGGGUGAACUCCAAGAUGAUCUCCUGGCUCAAUCGAAAGCUCGAGAGCUGUAGUGUCAAAGGCUUUAGGAGCUGUGUCUUAAUCAAAGAUCGAUUAGAUA